AAAAGUUAAACUUGAAGGGCAUAAGAAAAACUUAUCCUUAACACACCCUACCUUAUCCUGAACUUGCAACGGUCUCACAAAGUCACCGGAAAACUCAUCCCCGAUGGCAUCUCCGAUCACCACCGCCACCUCAUUAUUCUCUCAAUCUUCAUUAUUAUUCACACUUCCACUUAAACCUCAAUUUUAUUCAUCCAAAAACCUAAUUCAAUCAUCUCACAGAGCCACCGGUAACGCUUAUACGACGUCGUCAUGGCUUUCAAACCGAUCUUCGAGGCUUCAUCGUUUAAAUUACAGACAUAGAGAUGCUUUGAAGAGAGGCCUGUCUUCCGUUUGCUUUUACAAAAGUAACAAUUCUUCAAACGGCAAGGGAAGUGAAUUGAGGUGGCCAAUCCUGCAACGAUGGGACGUACCAUGGGAGUGGUAUACCGUUUCACUGACCUCACUUGCUUGUGGAUUAAGUUUUGUUUUGACAGGGCUUAUAGCGUCAGCAGCUUUACCGUAUCUUGGCGUUCAAAUCGGAGAAUUAAGUCUGGAUGAGAAGGCUCAACUACUGUUUUUUGACCAGGCCUUUGCAACAGCUGUUGUACUUGCAACACUUUAUAGUAUAACCAACAGAAGUGAACAAAAUCCCGACAACGUAUAUCGCUAUGAUUGGAGGGAUCCUUUCAGUCUUCAGAAAGGAUGGCUAUUAUGGGCUGUAAUUGGUCUUAUUGGAGCCUUGGUUACUAUCUCACUUACAGGAGUUGCUAUGUCAUUUCUCAAUGGUGAACCGCCUCAAAGAGAGACUGAUGCUCUUGUUCGCUUACUUCCUUUGAUCGGAUCCUCAGGUGUCAGCACUGCAUACUUGGUAGGCAUCACAGGUGUCCUAGCUCCGGUUUUGGAAGAAAAUGUGUUUCGUGGCUUUCUUAUGGUGGCCCUUACUAAGUGGGUGCCCACACCGAUCUCGAUCAUUAUAAGUGCUGCGGUAUUUUCAGCUGCGCAUCUCACUCCUGGGGAAUUUCCGCAGCUCUUUAUACUCGGAGCUGCUUUGGGGUUAUCAUAUGCACAAACUCGCAAUCUUCUCACACCCAUCACAAUACAUGCUUUCUGGAACUCAGGUGUCAUCUUGUUGCUUACCUUCCUUCAGAUUCAAGGAUAUGAUAUCAAGGAACUAUUGCAGGUGUCUUGAUAUAUGUAAGCAGAUAAUCCAAUGUUAUCUUCCUUUUUUCAUCUUUAGAAAACAGGUGUAAUUUUGUUGUAUAUGAAUUCAAAGUUGCAGAAAAUUAUAUAGCAUCUUUUAAGAAGUAUAUGGAUGGAGCCUUCAUGGGA